CCAACCCCACUCAAACCAAAUUCAACAGCGAAACAAGCUAUUCAAAGUCCAGAGACUGCAAACAGAAUUUAUGUAUAUUUGACAAUAGCUUUAAGGGGAAGCCUUUGGACGCAUGGCUGGGUCCUGGCCAGCCCAAGCCGUAAGGACUCUGCAGGGACGAUGGGGAUUUUGUCAAACUUGGAGCCACAUCCAUGUCCCAGCUCUGGCACCUUGAAGGCCCAAGGGGGCAGAGACCUGAAUGCCAGGAAACUAAGUGCAAUUACCAGAAACCAAGGGAUCGGCAGCCACUGCACUGUCUGGGGACAGGCCCGAGUCCUCAUCCCCACGCUAGAUGCCUCCCCAGGCCACAGUGUGCGUGUCCAGCUGGACCCAGGUGGGUGCCGUCUCUGCCCUGUGUACAUAAAUCUCCACGAACCAUGCUGUGUUCGUCCCAGAGUUUGUCUGCCGGCGCGACUUGCAAGUGUCCUUGUAAUGUGAACCCCAGUUCAAGUCCUGGUCAGCAAAACCUCUGAAUCUGUUCACAGCUGGAUUUAGCGGCUGGUAGCCAGAGAGAGAGGGCAGGACUCUGAUGAGGGGCUGGAGCCUUGCCCAUCAUGGAGGAGCCGACCCCAGGGACCUCAGAUUUCGGAGGGGAGGCCGAGGGCUCUGUCACUCUUGUGGGUGUGACACGGCAAAAGUCUCAGAGCAUGACUAUCCCUGGGACCAGGUGAACUGAGGACUGAUAGAGCAGACAUGACCACCAACCAGGCCACACUCGGGCCUGUGUUGCACCUCGGUCGUGAUUUGCAAGGGGCUGCCAAGGAGGAGACGCUGAAGCACCUGCAGGAACUAGGUCAUUUCCACAGCGGCCCCGAGACCAGGUCCUGCUGUCACCACUGUGGGGAGGAAGUGAGCUCUUCCUGCCUUGGGAGGCCACCCCUGGAUGGAGCCAGGAGAGCUGUCAGGGUGUUGGAGGCCUCCCUGGAGAGCGGAUGGAGUGGGGCAGCUACAGAGAGUCAGACACCAGCUGAGGAUGGUCAGCCCAGGAUGAAAUUUCCCAAGUUCCUUUCCGAUGAUGUUCCUGUUGUUGUUCUAGGCUGGGUGGGGUGGGGGCAUCUCCAGAAGAAGCCACCUGCUCACAGGAUGCCUCUCCCAAACUUCUGCACAGGAAGACGUUUGGAAUUAGAAUAGAUGAAGUGAAACAGAAGACUGAAGGUGAUGAGGAGGCUGGCUGUGUCUGCAUGGGAAAAGCCGGCUGAAGGCCAGGCCGGGUCAUGCUCAGCUGGUUGCAGGUGGACGGGCUCAGGCCCUACUCAUCAGGUAGAAGGAGCAGGUCUGUGGUCUCUGGUGAGAAGGACCUUUGGACAAAAGGGAAACAACUAAAAUUUAGGCGGUUGAGGGAACUCAUGGGGUGAGGGUGACAGAAGAGCUAGAAGUUCUCAGAAGACCAGAUCCACAGAUGGAGAAGGACACAGUGCCCUGCACAGAAAGGGCCCUGCCAGCUGGGGAGCGCUGCUCACACCACAUCCCAGGAUCUAUCUCUAAGCAGAAAUGCACCAGGAUGGCCCAGCAUUACUCAUUCUCUUUUGAAAUCAAAACCCCAAAGCACCCACUAGCUCAGCCUCCAUAACUUACGAACACUUGGUGAAAUACAGACAAACUGAUGUCGGUUGAAAACAUAGGCAUCCUAGCAGCCCAGGGGGCGAUGGGAGAGUGGGAUCACACAGUGAGUGAAAACAAAGGCACGCCUACUCUUUCCGGCCGGGAAGCACAGGAUGCACUGCUGUGCUAACUUCUGCGGGCAGAAGUCUAGGGGCACCCAUGGGUCUCUGGAAUGUCGGUCCAGCACUCUUGCAGCCACUGCAGGAGCACAGUCCUCACGCCUGCCUGUCCCCAUCCUUCAGCGAGUAAAGGGCAGUGUCUGUCUGCUGGGCUCUCCCACUGAGAUCAUGUGACCGAAAUGGCCUUGGCUUUGAAGUUAGACCCAUUUGUCCCUGCCAGCCUGGCCUCUUCCUGCUGCAGACACUGGCAAUGUCCUUGCUGCUCUGAGGAAUGGUGGUGAUAGUUCCCAUGUGAGGCCUUGGGAGAGGUCUGAGCUGGAGGGUUAGACCCGCAGGCUCCCACAGGCCACCGUGGCUACUGGUGGGAGACAUAGCAUCCUCUGUUCUCUCCUUGGGAGUUGUCCUCAGAGGAGUCCAUACAGCCGGCCCGGGACCAGGACCCGUUCUCUUUGGCCCUCCAGGAGGCAGGGCAGGAUGAAGCAUGAGGCUCACACUGGCAGGAUAUUCUCCUGAACAAUCUGAAGUCACAACAACCACCUUGAAAUCUCCAGGAAGUCAAUGUUGCAAACUCACUUAAUUUUAUUAUUAAGUCUUGCCCCAUGAAAUAUUUGCGAGAUGGAGCCAACAGCUAAGGGACGGACUGAGAAGAGUUUCAGCUAUGUCAUCAGAGCCCCCAGCAGUGAAGUGUUCGACAUAAUGAACGUUGAUGUGAAGAUUGACACAUCUUGGAUAUUCCAGGACAUGGAAGAUAGUGCUGAGGAGCAGGCAUGUCUUCAGGAAGAAGCAGCUGGUCGCCCAGACGUGGAUACGGGGGCCCUCAGGAGGCAGCUGGAGUCCUCCCAGCAGAAGCUGUCAGCAGCGGUGGACAAGUACGUGACAUCAGAGUCCGGGCUGAGAAGCAGAAUUCAGGAGCUGGAGCUGUCAGAGAGGAAACUCCUCCGGAAGGUGGACCAGCUGACCACCCACGUGGCUCAGGAGAGAAGCGCCUGCCUGCAGGCCCAGGAGAAGCUGGCAGCGCUGCAGGGGGAGCUGGCCAGCCAGAUCCGGGAGAAGGAGAGCGUGGCCAGGCGGCAGCAGUGGCGGCUGCGGCGGUUGCAGGAGCGGUUGCGGCGCAAGGACCAGGCAGUGGGGCAGCAGGCGGCGGCCCUGGAGCGCUGCCGCCGGACCCAGCGGCGCCAGCUGGGCAUGGUGCGCGAGCAGGAACGCGUCCUGCGGGCGCAGGUGCAGCGGCUGGAGCGCGACGUGCGACACCUCUGCCACGGCGCGGGCCUCCUGCUGGCCCAGCGGGACAUCGCGGCCCCGGGCCUCCAGAGCGCCCCCGAGGCGACCGCGGAACUGCGCGCCCUGCAGGCGAGGGCAGAGCGCAGCGAGCGCGAGAGAGAGGAGGCGGCGCGCAGGCUGCAGCAGCACCGGGCCACAGAGCGCCAGCUCCGCGGGCAGCUGGAGGAGCUGCGCUGCUUCAUCUAUGGGCUGAAACUGUCGGAGAUCGGCCUGCAGUGCCAGGUGGAGGACCUCGCCCAGCAGAACCAGUGCCUGCGAGAGGAGCUGGGAGCCCAGGUCCCUGUUAGUCACUGCAGCCUGGAUGCUCUGGGCUGUGUUCAGGGUAACUCACUGCCCCUGCCCAGGGAGGAGGCCCUGGACCCCUGCAGAAGCCAAGGCUGGCGGAGCUCCCUGCGGUCCGACGACGCCCCUGGACAAAGGGCCUCAGAAGGCCAGUCCCCGGAGGGGCCCUGCACCUGGAGCUGCAUCAGGCCUGGACGGGCCUCUUCUGUUUUGGCUCCAGGCCCGGAGACCACAAGCGAGCUCCCCGGAGACCUGGCGGGAUCCAACCGUGAACAGCUUACUCUGGCAGAGCCUCGCUUGGAUGAACAGAUUCUUCUCCUGGUCUGUGGCUGCCCCCCAGGGGAGUGCUUGGACAAAUCACUCCUCCCCAUGGACCUGGCCCGGAUUUCAGAAAAUCUAGCAGCUGACCCAGCCACAGAGGCCUUUCUCCUGGUGCAGACGUCCACACUCCCUCUCUGGGGGCCGGCUGGGGACUCCGCUUCUUGGCGACCACUUCUGCUCCAGGAGGUUCCCUCAGAUGGACAACAAACCCAAGAAGAGUUGGCCACCACGUCCCCACCUCCUCCCAAAGACACAGGACCCCCCAGCUGGGAUUGUCACCAGGCAAGAGACCGCAGUGCCUCCCUCUCCCAUGAGGCCCCCCACUUUUCAAAUCACCGAUUUCCAAAAAAACACCCCAAGGAUCUGAAAGACACUUGGAACAAUGGAGGAGGAAGCCUGGGGAGGAGAACUGAAGAGGGGGAGGCAAGGGGGACUUUGGGCAGGAAGGGGAAAAACCUUGGUGACAAGCACCAGCCAAGUCAGGAAAGCCAUCAGAACCUGAGCUUGGAGAAUGGGGCUGGAGCCACAGAGGGCGUGCAGGACCAGAAUGGGGCUUCAGAGACCAAGGCUGCCACCUGCCGCCCUGGGACCUGGCAGGAGUUUUUGAUGCCUCUUCUACAGGGGGAGGCCUCAGUAGCAAAGGAGGGUUCCAAAUCCCUGAGAAGGAGGGAAAGGGUGGAAGGAUAUGUCUGGGGUCUCCGAGGAGGACUGUCAUCAGAGAAGGAGGAAGCGGCACCCCUAGCCACCUUCUCCAGGUCUCACGAGACCAAAGAGCUGUGGCCAACAGUCAGUCAGCUCCUCGCAGGAAGAGGCAGAGCCAUUGGGAGGACAGCUAGGGACAAGGAGGAAAACCAAAUGUGGUUUGGAAAUGCUCUGCUUCUGCAAGGAGAAAGCCCGGAGGACGAAGGGCUAGAGGAGAAGGAUGAAGUGUCGCAUCAAGAAGCAUCCAGUCCAGGGUGCAGGGGUGCCCCCAAGGAGCCUGACUCCCAGGAACAUGAGAGCAAGGAAAUGCUUUUCUUCGCGGAAGAGACAGGUCUGCCUCUGUCUCCCAGAUUUGCCUUAUCAGCUGACGAGGGCGAACCCACUGGUCACAAUCCACAGGCUGUGAGCAAAGGAAAGGACAGGUGUGCACUCACAAUCGAUGAGCUUGCACAGGAGGUGGAGGCCUGUUUCCAGCAGCUGUCCACCCUGCAGCCAGGCAGUGGGGGCUGGCGGCACUCAGCCUCUGCAUGUGGGGGAGAGAACUGGAGCUUUGCUCAGAAGUGGCACAGUGGUGGGGAGAGAGCUUGCUCUCAGCAGGUUUGGGGAAAUCGGGGUAUUUGUUCUGAUGAAGAAGCAAAGUCUAAAGAGAGUGAUGAAGGUGAUAAGCUGGGAAAGACCAUGGCCCUGGGCACCAGCGAAGUUUCUGGUAACCCAGGGACACUGCCUGAUUGGGAUGAAGCCAGCUCAAAUGCUCCAGAGGGGCCCGCGGAGCCCUGGGGUACCCUCAAGAGAGUCAGGAGCAGGUUUCGUCAGCUCAUUUCUGGGUUGAAGAAACAGCGACACCAGAUUUUACACGACACCACCGAACGUCACGGAGACCAAGAGCGGUGCCAUGAAAGAGUGUGCGCCCUUGAAAGAGAGAGAGAGCGAGAGGUGACAAAAAUGUCCAGGCUCGAGCGGGAUAACCACAGGCUGGUAGGGGACAUCUCUCAGUUAAAGAAAGAACUGGACCAAUAUUUACAGGUCAUCUCUGACCUUGAAGACUGCAAUGGGAAGAGUUACAGCAAAAUUCUGGAGCUUGAAGAGGAAAAUGAAAAACUGAAAGGGAAUCUGGGCCAACUUCAGAAAUCCAUGUCUGAGAGUAUCAGGAAAUCCAAAGACACCAUGGAGCAAGUCACCCUGGAAAACUGGAAGCUCCAGGCGCUGAUCUCGGAGCUUGGCAUUAGUUACAAAGAGCUGAUAAAGGAUAUCGUGCUGGGAGUAGAAGACAUGAUCCGGGCCUUAAGUGGGGAGAACGAGCACCUUCUACACAGGGUCCAUGUCCUGGAGAGGGAAGUCACCUUGCAGAGGAGCACGGAUCAGGGGCGUUUGAUGAGGGGAAGGGAGCACCUCCAGGGAAAAGCCAAGACGCACGCUGUAGACAAAGAGGUGCAGGUGACUCCACUCGCCGGGCAGCUGCUUUCAAGGGCCUGUGGGCCACUCUUGGCGGAGGAAGCAAGUCUGGCUGCAGGGCAGACAGGACCUUCCACAGGUGCUGGGAAUUCUAGAUGCGGUACUGAUUCUCCCCCUCCAUCCCUGGUCUGGAGAAACGCUGAUGUAGCCAACAACCUGCAAGGAAAUGUUGGUGGAGCAGGAGUGAAAGAAGCACAUAUGGAGAAAGAGGAGAAGAGGCCCAGGUGUUCUGUGGCUCAGGGGCAAGCUCUGAGGUCCCUGAGCAAUGGCCCCACGCUCCAGGACUCAGAGGCCGAGGUUACUGAGGAGGAUCCCAGGCUGCGUGCCCAGCAGCUCCAUCACCGGGUGCUGACCCUGCAGUGCCAGCUCCGGGACCAGGGCGCUGCCCACCAGGCAUCUCGGGACGAGACCACCCGCCUCCAGGAGGAGCUCCAGACCAAGCUUGAAGAACUUCAGAAAAAGCAACAUGAAGCAAAGUUGGCGGUGACUCCCCUGAAGGCCAAGAUAGCUUCGCUGGUCCAGAAGUGCCGGGAGAGGAACCGCCUGAUCACCCACCUGCUGCAGGAGCUGCACAGACAUGGGCUGGGGAACCUCCUGCUCUCUGAGCUGGCACAGAACAUGCUCAACGACGUGGCACUGGCUGAGUACGCGGCCACCUUCCUGGCUCCGGGAGUCCCAGAGACAAGCCACCACCUGGACAUCAAGUCUGAGAUGACGGCAGCUCUAAGAGCUCAGACACACCUCUUGAAUCCUGAAAUGGACAGCGUCCUCCAAAGCUCAUCGUCUUCAGAGUCCUGGCCUGUUCCCGAGCCGGAGUGGCCAGCACAGACAGCCCGACUGGAUUCCCUGAAGCUCCCUCUGUCCUUGGUGUCCACGCUUGAUCCUGGAACGUGCCUGGCAGCGGUCACUGUGGAACCAGGACUCUCCGCACAACGUCUGCAAGAAAAAGGCGGAAUGCCCUGUCCUGCCCUCCAAGCCGACAACGUCCCAGCACCCUCCGAGCUCCUGAGCCCAGCGAGGAUCCUGGCUUUUCACCAAGAGCUUAGACAAAGCAUUUGCAGCAAUUCCCAGGUCCAUAAAUCACCGCUGGAGUUAUAAAUGUAAUAGGGCCACUCAUUCUCCGGAGCCAUUUCAUAGACUCCAUAAAUAUUUGAAGCGGAACCUUCAGAGAGUGCUUUAAGAAAUUGGUAGCAAUCAAAGUCCUCAUUUAGUGGCCAGUGGUUUUGCCUUCGGCUUGGGAAUUUUGUGUUCAAUGUCAGAGCCUGAAAGAAAUGCUGGCCUGUGCCUGGCAAAUUCUGAGGAGUUUGGCUUUGGCAAUGUCGAGGCAGCAGAGGAAAUAUUUACUGUACCAAAGCCUAUUGGAUGAUUGGCCCAGAGGUUCUCAACUGGGCGCUGUUUUAGCCCCCAGGGAAAAUCUGGCCAUGUCUGGAGACAUUUUGGGUUGUCACAGCUGGGACGCUGCUACUGGCAUCUGGUGGGUAGAGGCCAGGGAUGCUAUGAAACAUCCUACAAUACCCAGGCCAGCCUCCUACGGCAAAGAAUUACAGCCCGAGGUUCGCCAAUGCUGAGGCCGAGAGCCCAGGACGGAUCUCACAGCUCUGAACAUGAUCGGCCAUGGAGAAUUUUCUGCCCCUGGGGUCCUUCUCAUGUUUUAAAGGAUUUUUUUGUCUACUAAGUGAAAUCCCUAACUUAAAUCAUUACAUAUUUUACAUUUAAAAACAUUAAAACUAACCAGAACUUUCUAAUCAGUCCAUUCACUCCAAAAAUGUCUAUCGUUAUCCACUGGAUGCCAGGCAAUGUGGUAUGUAGGAGAAGAGAUGAGUCAACGUUGAUCCCAGUGCUGGGGACCUCACAGCACAAUGGGAGAGAUACUCCUGUGAGUAAAUCAGCAUGCACACAAGUGUCACCUGUGCCCUGAGCGACAGGAUGAAGGCAAGGGUCAGUUCUACUUGGCUUGGGAGAAUUGGAAGUCAGCCACAAAGGAAUGGCUGAGCAGCGUCCUGUGGGUGAGGUGGGAAGGGCGCUGCCAUAUGAGGGAACGCAUGUGCAAAGGCCCUGAGGCAUAAAACUGAACUGCGGAUGUGCCCCGGGAGGGGAAGUGGGCAAAGCAUGCGCUUCUCAAGCCAGCUACAAGCAGUCACUGCCUCGUUCCCAUCCAGCACCCCUUCCUUCCCCCAAGAACAAAGACUCAUGCCCUGAAUCAGGUGGGUAACCCAGGAGAAGAGCACUUCCAUCCUGAGGGCAGCCCCCCAUAAAGAGAGUCCAGGGGGCUUGGACGACACACACCAGACCCUGACCCGGGCUCACUCACCAGAGAUGCCACCUCUCUCUUUGGGAAGGGGCUGAGGAGGGGCUUAAGGAAAAGGCCAAAGCCACUACCUCUCCAAUUCUGUCCCCUCCUGGA